GUUCUCAAUUCUAUCAAAAUCUCUGCCAUUCAAUUCCUUUUUUUUGUUUCUGUUUGCACAAUGGAAGCUUCGAAGCAUAGAAGAGAGCUAAGAGAUUGAUAGCUUCAUUUGCAGCAAAUCUUGAAUUCUUGAUGUUCAGCAAAUGUUAUUUGGUUUCUUGAUAAUUUUCUUGAACUGAUGCAAAAUGAGAGUUGAGAAACAAGGUUCGAUUGCAAAUCGUGGUUUUCUUCAUUUGUUCGAUUGGAAUGUGAAAUCGCGUAAGAAGUUGUUAUACAAAACUCCAUAUUUACCAGAACAGUCGAAGCAGAAAAGGAGUAACGAUACCAACAUGCCAAUCACUCAGUUUCAUCCGGUGAAUGAAGAUUAUACGGCAAAUAGUUUGAGCCUUAAAGGAAGUAGUGUCUACAGUUGUGCAUCUUCACAAAUGAAUGAAGAUGAAUAUGGUAAAUCCCCUGGGGUAGUCGCUAGGCUUAUGGGAUUGGAUUCUAUGCCGACUUCAAAUUUCUCCGACACAUUAUUGGAUUCUCAAUCUAUGCGUGAUUCUUCUGCACCGUACGUUAGAAAAAGCCCCAAAUUUGAACGGAAAGAUUGUCCCCAAAUGGAGCAAAAACAUAAAGUGAUAGAGAAGUUUCAAACCGGAAGUCUGCCUCCAAAAUCUGCUAAAUCGGUUCCGAUAACUCAAAACAAGCUCUUAUCUCCUAUCAAAAGCUCUAGGUUUGUGUCUUCAGAUGAUCCAGCUUGUAUAACAGAAGCAGCAUCGAAAAUACCUCUAGUUGGAUCAUCUUCGGUUUCUUCUUCCGCUAGAAAACCAUCCAAGAUUUCUGGAAGCAGUCGAAGGGUUGGGGAGUCGAAUGCUGCUAGGAAUCUAAAAGGGCAAUCGAUGAACAAAAGUUGGGACGGUUGUUUAGACUCAAAACCGUUGAAAGUCUUGGAAGAUGGAAAAAAGUCCGUUUCUUUGGCUCUUCAGGCGAAGGUUAACAUUCAGAAACGAGAAGGUUUGAGUUCUAGAAGUUUGUAUUCAGCCGAUUCGAUCAAUAGUCAGCCAAAUAAGCAAAAGAAUACACUCAAGAAACCUUCUACAAACAGUGUUCUCAAACAGAACAACCAGAAACAGAAUUGUGUUCUCGAUAGAGGAAAAUCUGCUGCAAAAUCUUCGGUAUCUUCUAUCCGUUCACAAAGUAGAAAACAAGUUCCCGAAAAGAACUUGAGUAAAGUUUCCAGAAACUCUACAAACAAAACGAUCAAUCAGAGAAAAGAUUCCACGGAAGACGUCAAGAAUGGGGUUCGUGAUAAAAACGAUAGAAACAGAAAUGUAGUUAGAUCGAGUGGAUCGGAUAUUGUUUCUUUCACAUUCACAUCCCCGAUUUCACGCUCUACAGAUAAAAAGAACGAGUUAAAUGGUUUAAAGUCAGCAAAUGGAGGUGAUUCUUUAAGUAUCCUCUUGGAUAAAAAACUAAGGGACUUAACUGCUAUGAGUUCCCCUUCGGGUUCUCAAGAAUCAUCGAUUAGUUUCAGAACACGAAUCAACAGAAUACCGAUCUUUGAAGGCAAAAGAAACCAAGAUCGAGUCAGUAAAGAUGAUUUCUGUUCCGGGUUCUCUUCAAACGAUCGACAUCCGAGCCUAAUAUCUCUAACCCGACCUUUUCUUGCGGAAAGUAGCAUUUCUUCGGAUACUGCAAAUAGUUAUAUCCCCAAAGAACUUGGUGCAUUUUUCUCAAAGAAAUCCACAAUGAUGGACGUUGAUGAUGCCGAGCAGUGCAACAAGUCGGAACCAUGUUACGUGAAGGACAUACUUUCCGACGUCGAGUCCAUGUUUGAGGAUUUCUCGUUAGGGAGGACUCGAAAGAUCGUGAACCCACGUCGGUUUGACCAAUUGGAAGCUCAAAGAAUGGUCCUUGAGAAGCAAGACGAGCUUAAGUUAAGGCGUAAGCUCGUGUUUGACUGUGUGAGUGAGUGUGUGGACUCGAAAUGCAGAGUUUGGGCACGAGGGCUAGCCGUGGUGCGAAGAAAAGAUUGGUUAGCAGAAGAAGUGUGCAACAAGAUGUCGGGGUGGGAACAGAUGAAAGAUUGUAUGGUGGAGGAGCUCGUAGACGAGGAUAUGAGCGGUGAUCAACGCCAAAAAUGGCUCGAUUAUGAUGUCGAAGUGUUCGAAAUCGGAGUAGAGAUCGAAAGACGAUUGCUUGAUUCUUUAAUCAAUGAAGUUGUUGCUGAUAUCUUGGUACCGUAGGUAAGGUUAAAAAACAUAGGAUUUGGUCGAUUAUGUUUAUGGGUUUUUUUCCUUGUUGAUUUUAUUGCAUAUUUUUGGAAAUCAUAAUGAGCAAAUUGCUGUGAAUAGUCUUGAUUUAUGCAACAUGAAUGUUUUAUUC